AUGUGGCUACGCACAGCUUAUAUGCCGAGAUGUGUCGUUCCAUCUGCCCUGUCUGCCAGACACUUUCGUCCUAACAAGGUGUCAAAUUCCUUACGUCGAGGCAUGACCAGAAAGUUCUCACAGACCUGCAAAGCAAUGUCCAGCGAUGAAUCGCCAAUAAGAGCUGAGCCACCUAGAAUCAAAAACCAUGCUCAGAGUCUGGACAACUCUGAUUCCGCUCAUGCGUCGCAUCCUCAGAAGACUGCGGAAACCGAUACGAACAUGGAAAUCUACCGAGUAGUCAAGGAUUCGAGUCCCGAUAUAGUAACUGAGAAGAGGAUGGAGGAUACUAGCGGUGGCAUACCGCAGGAGCCCGACGCACACCUUGAAAUGUUCACGAAGUUCUUAAAUCGACUUGAGGGUGAUGGCUAUACGGCAUUCAAAGAACCUUCACCCUAUAAUGCCGCGACGCAGCCGAUCACUACAUUGGAAACAAAACCUAAUUCUACUUCCUCACAGAUUGUGUCCGAAGUUAACGCCAUAGGUGAGGAACAAGUCCAGGAUUUCGAAAACAGUCUGCCACGCAAUAAAGAUUCUAUUGGGGAACUUCAGAAAGCGGCUGCCGAAAAGGCCAGCGGCUACCAAGGACACGAGACAACCAAAACCGGCACGACGGCCAGUCAAGAUAUGGAGAUGCCACGCAGAAUCGAUCAAACUAUCACCAUUUGUCUACAUCUAGAUGAAAAGGUCACAAAAGAGUUAGACAGAACGGUGGCUAAAUUCUCUCAAUAUACUCCAAGCAUGAACAAUGGUCGGGCCAACGUUGCAGUUAUAAAGGGUCUGCCAGUGCAAAAUUGGAGGCAAUACCAAGUCUUCAUGCGAUUUCUACAAUUUUGGAGGUCUCCUUUCAACAUGGGACGAGUGAAGCCUGCCAUGACACGCUUGGGGCGCUACUGGGAAGUUUACUGGCAAAUAGAGGACAUCCCGGAAAUCUUAGCCAUUCGUCAAACUUUCCGUCAGGUAUUAGAGGACGAUCUUCCGCAUUAUAACUUUGCCCCUGACGCUAUUUGGGAAGCGAGAGCCGUACUCGCUCGAGGUCUCAGUCGAACUCAAGCACAAGAAGUUGUGGAUUCAAUCAACAUAGCACAUCCGGAUGGGAUUGACCUUGGUAUGAUCACGCGGUGUGUUUUAGUUCAUACGAUUUUCAGUUAUAGCAAAGUUCGUACAACUGUCACUCAAUCUCCGGAAUUUCCCUUGAUGGGUGUAAAGUCGGAUCAAUUAUCUCAUGGCGCCAAUGAGCACACAGAAACCAAAACUUUAUGGAAUCGCUUGAUGACACAGAUUGAUACCACAUUCUUCAAGGCCAGCAAGUCAAGUAAGUUUUACAAGACGGCGCCUGAAAAAAGACCACAGGAAUGA